UAAAAACAGUAUAAGCCAUUUAAAAUUUAGAUACAUGAAUAUUAAUAUGGUGAUAUACUCUUAAUUUAAAUUAUUUCAAGACGGCCGGGGUUUCUCAAUAUACUAUACGUGAGGGAGUGAAGUUUUUGCUAUCCAACGGUCAUUCUAUUAACUGUGAGGGAAAUUUAUUUUAAAAAAAUGUAAUAUUGGUUCAUACCUGUUUAAACGGUUUAUAAAUGCCACGCACCAUUACUACUACGGCUUCUGUUGCCAAUACCGAAGACCUAUUGCGCUCGUUUGGUUUCUUCAAGCCAUCGUCCGGAAGGCCAUGAAAUUUGACCGAUUUUGUGAAAUAACUCAAAUUUUCAUUCCGUCUAUGGCAACUACAACGUUUUUUUCAAUUUCACUUAAGUUACGACAUUUUUCUUUCAUUGCCUUGAGGGUUGAAGCAUUCAAACCGGGUUCGAAGCUUACUUCACUGGUCCAUCGUUUGAUGGACACUUUUGAUGUUUGUAUCAUUCGAUAUGUACGGGGACCACUCAUAUAUAGCGACACUGCAAACUUCUUCAUUUGUUUGCGAAACCGCCUUGCCGUAUUUAAUUUUUCGGAGUUUCGAAGGCUGUCAUACAUUACCACAUUCUGCUCUAGUCGUUGUAGUAAAUAGUCACCAAGCCCUCUUCGUUUUCGGAAUCGCUUAAGGUCUUGGUUCAGUGUAACAAUUUUUCGCUUGUUUUUCUCCAUAAAACAUACCCGUCUCUUCGUUCGUUCUUUCUAAGUUUGUUAGUUUGUUUUUGAGUAUUUUAAUGGUUUCCAAAAGCUGUUCAUGUUCAUUUCUAUUCUGUUCGGUUUGGCUAUAAGCAUCCACCAUGCGUUUCGUUUGUCCAUCAUUUUUUUUACUGAUUUCUUUAACUACACUGCGUUCCUGGUUGGUUACUGUAUUACUACAUUGGUUACUGUAUUACUACAAUCAGAAUCGGCUCCUGUUACAUAUUCGCUGUCCAACGCCAUAAUCGUAUCGUUAGUAUCAUCCCCUUUUUCGAUGGUUUUUUCAGAUGUGCUCGCAUUUACCAUGUCUCUCAGCACAAAAUCGACGGACGGGAUUGCAAUUACCUUGAGCCUAUGAAAAUUGAUUUUAGUCUGGUUAACUGAUAGAAUUAUUUAUUAUAGUUACCCUUUAUCUGUUCUGUGAGGAUCUACCAGCGCAUCGUAGAAGAAAUGAUCUGAACAUAACAUUUUCUUUCUCAAAGCUUGAAGACCACCUUUUUCAUAUUUUUCCUCCAAUUCCAAAGACUCGCAAUAUUUGAUCCACUUCUCACAUCUCUCUUUUUUAUUUGGAAAGGUAUAAAAUGAUUUACUUGCAUUUUUUGCACAAUUAUAUGCACAGAAACUUGCCUCGCGCUUCCUACCCAUUUUGUAUUUUAACCGUUGUUGUCAUCUAACCAGAUGUCAACAGAGCCUUCUUUGACAGAAGCUAUCGCUUCAUUUGAAAAUGACAGUUUCUUCAUGUUGGACACUUUUGUGACGCAAGUGCCACGUCGGUUCGUCGGUGUUAAUAAUGCAUUUGGAAGUAAAAAUGAAAUAUUUAGGAAAACUUAUGCUUGAUCCAGACCGAUCUUGAUGGCGUGCAUAUUACCUGCAGAAUAAAAAGGAAAAAUAAAUAAGUUACACAAUUUUCAUUACACACUCUCAUUAAUUUGUGAAAAUCAUUUACAUAUAUCCUAAUUCGGCUUGAACAACGUAUGGUAAGAUAAGUUACUAUAACAUGAUCGCUUAUAGAUAUUGGUUAUCGAACCUUUACGCAAAAUCUUGAACUGCUUUGAUGGCCUGCUACACACUCAGGAACCUGUUCUGGUUCUGGCGUUUCAUUUCGUACUCGCGUAUGUAUUUAAUCAGCACUCCUCGCUUUGUGCCUUUGAUCGAAUAAAGGGCUUAACCCAGCGCCACAAAUUUUCAAUAUUUUGUGUGUGCACAAAAGGAUCGCUUGGGUCCACAAAAUGGUUUAUGGUUUCGUGAAUAAAACCGUGCUGAUCAAUUCCAUUAUAUGCACGCCAACCAUCGCUCACGAUCGUUGUACCCGGAGCCACAUGCUGGUUGAUGAUGCGGUGUAAUGUUGCAGCAUCACGUUGCUCAACCAGCUCCAAAAAAAUUGCUCGCGUUUCGUGACAGAUGCCGCCAACCACCCAGACUUGGUUGUUGGCUGAGACGCGACCGCGAUUUUAUUUCCUUUUGGUGAGGACGGAUUCGUCAAUUUCGACGGUUAAUCCAUCCCCACCAAUUUGCCCCUGGCUACAUUCAAAAUGCGCCCGGUUCAAAAUGAUACUUCCCGCAGAAUAGAGAACCACUUCCCAAUGGCACUCUUGCCUGCCCCACACUCGGCUGCAGCGCUGGAUCGCUUCGUAUCCCGCGACCAUUCAUACGUUAUCUCUAUCAACUUAGACAGAGAUAAACGGGAAUUUUUAAAAAUGCUGUCCGUACGGACAGCACAUUCCCACCCCGUGCAACUUGAUGUAGGCUUGCAAAUCCACUUGCAAGAAUUUGCCUUCCGAGUUGCUUUCAAUUUCAUCCGGCGAUUGCACUUGUUGCACAAUUGAACGGGUGGUAAAAUUUCCGCUUCCUGCAACAACCGAACCAAACGCUGCUCGUCUUCCGUUAUCUUUUUCAGCUCGGUCUAGCUUUUCACAGCGGCCAAAACAUCCAUUAUUAUCACUUUAUUUGCUUUGAUCAAAAAUGCGACAAAUGUAUCCAAUAGCGUUGUAUGUUUAUACUAGACAGUAGCUCCAUGAUACUACGCAAUGGGCUAGUCCUCUGAUUUGCUUCAAAAAAUGUAGGUUGAUUGUGGCUGCACGAAAGUGUAAUAAAUACACCGCAUGGUCGUCGUACCUCUUAUUCUUUAUGUUGAGUUUUUUCACGCUCGUUGGAAACAAGUUUUCAGAUUUGAGUAUCUCGAAUACUUCCUCACACGGCAGGUCGAUUAAACCAUGUAACACUGGGUGGAAUCGUAUAAGCUUUCGAUUACGAUCGAAAUCGAAAACUCGUGAACAAAUGUUUAUUUCGGAUGAACAAAAUUCACCGCGGCAUCGCGUAAGCCUUGAUGAGUCGAUCGAAAUCGAAAUCGAAAUGUCAGUUUCGAACUGUAGACAAAAAGGGAGUAAAACAUCGAGCAGUCGACAACUUUGUCAACAAUUGGUAUCGCGAACACUACAUUUCGAUCGAAAUCGUUUCGAUGAGGAGAAGACCUGUCGAAAGCUAGGAGAAGCUUUGUUUUUGAAUCUGUUUGUUUGUAGUUUCAGUUCAGUUUUAUACCAAUUUAUAUUAAUUAACAACGGUCAGGAAAUCAGGAAAAAUAUAAAUAUAAAAAUAUCCGCAUUUAGAAUAAAAAAUAGUCUACAUCGUUGCUUAACUAAACAACGUGUAAUUAAUUCAUCUAAUCGUAAUAAGUGUGACGGUACAUGCAGAGUUGUAGUUAACAUAUUAACCGCUGCGUUUAUUUUGCAUUACUGUUCUUUCUGCCAUCACUUCUUCGUACAUCGACAGCGAGCGAACUGCGCCUACACGAUCGAACGAUGUCGUUCCGUAAUUUUCGACGAUAUUUACCUAGAUCUAGAGUAUUGUCACUAUAAUUACCACUAAACAGUAAAAUUCGAGCAGCUCUGCUGCGAAGGAACACGCCACCGUACCUCCAGCCGUUGCUGCGGAACUACUUCACGAAUCGCACCCUCCACUACGAAACGGAUGAAGGAACGGUCUCGUUAUCAGUAUCGGCAGGCGUCCCGCAGGGUUCGGUUCUAGGACCAACACUGUGGAAUGUUAUGUACGAUAACCUUCUUCGUUUGGAGCUGUUCGGAAAGCGUGCGGACAUUACAGGGUUUGCUGAUGAUGUGGCGUUCACCCUUAUCGGGAGGGACCCGCAGGAAAUCAGCAACCUUGCUACGAGGAACCUGGAGAUGAUCGAGCGUUGGAUGGAUGGAGUGGGAUUGAAGCUGGCCCAUCAAAAGACCGGCUACAUGAUCUUCUGCACUCAUCACAACCCGCAGGGCAUGGGUUUCUCCGGAGCUACUUCGUCGAAAAAGGCAUCCUCGACGGCUCGCCAAACUGCCCGGUGUGUGAACACCAAGUGGAAGAUGUCGACCACGUAAUGUUCCACUGUCCACGGUUUGCUCGAACCCAACACGAGAUGCAGCAGCAGAGCCACACCCGCUUGACGAUAGAAAAUCUUGCAGCGGAAAUGUGUGCCAACAGCAACACAUGGGAAGCAGUCCGGACCGCCGCAAGGACCAUCUUCAGAAACCUCCAAGUGAGAUGGAAUGAGGAAAGUCCACCUACGGCCAGACGGAGACGACAACAACGACGGCGGAACACGGAACAAACGGGACCGCACCAAAGGAUGACGACAACGGAAGCAGCAGCAGCAGCAGCAACGAGUAACCAGAGCAGCAGCAGGAGCUAGACCCCACCGGAAGUAGCGGCUACGGACGGGCGGAAUUAAGCAGCAGCAGCGGAAGGAAGGCACGAAGCAGCAGCAGCAGCAGCUGAGACAACUAGCAAGGAAGACGCAGUAGCAACAUUGGAAAGCAGCAGCGCGUCAACAGGAUGGGUGCAUCGCACAAACGUUCCUGCAUGGAGUACUACGCACAUCAAGCGCAUCGGCAGGGUUAGGAUCAGGUCGAGGAGUGGUUUAGUUGGGGUCCACGGGCCCAGCGUCACGAUGAAUCCCACAUAACCCAUCUCGGAGGGAUUGGUUUGUAGCCGCAAGCCAAGGUUCCCUCCCCGUUAACAUAAAAAAAACAGUAAAAUUCAAGCAAUCAUCGUUGUAAAUACACUUAUUCCGGAUAG